AUUAUUGAGUGUAUAUGUUCUAAGAAGAAUCAAGUGAAUGUAGUAACUGAUAGUAAUACAUUGAAUAGCUCAGUGGCGUUAGUGUCGGCGUUAUUUUUGACAGUUGUUUUUGUUAACACGUGCAUUUACAUCAAUAUUUGUGGAACGAUGGUAUAUUAUUUUACAAGCGAGGUUGUACAACCACCAGUAACAUUAUUUAUGGGGGUUGAUAAAUAUGAAAAUGAGGAUUUGAUUAAGUGGGGUUGGCCAGAAGAUGUAUGGUUUCAUGUGGACAAGUACUCCUCGGCUCAUGUGUAUUUACGAUUACAUAUGGGUCAAACAAUAGAUGAUAUCCCUAGUACAGUUUUAGAAGAUGCUGCACAAUUAGUAAAAGCAAAUAGUAUUGAUGGAAAUAGAAUGAAUGAUAUUGAUGUAGUUUAUACAAUGUGGUCUAAUUUGAAAAAAACUCAGGAAAUGGAAGUUGGUCAAGUUGGUUUUCACAAAGAGAAAGAUGUUCGUAAAAUUCAUGUUACAAAACGUCAAAAUAUUAUUGUUAAUCGACUUAAUAAAACUAAACGUUCUGAACAAGUAAAUUUACAAGCAGAAAGAGAACAAAGAGAUAAAAAUGAGCGAAAAGAUAAGAAAAAGCUUUUAAGAGAACAAAAAGAAAGAGAAAAAGCUGAAGAGAAAAGACGUCAAGAAGAAGCUGAAAUGAGAAGCUACAAUUCUUUAUUUAAUUCAUCUAACAUGACAUCAAAUACAGAAAAUAGUGGCUAUGAUUCAGAUGACUUUAUGUGAUGAACUCAAUAUAAUUUAAUUAUUACAAGUGGUGCCUAUUGUAGAUCAUACUUUAAUUGAUAUUAUAGAGAAUAUAAUUGAAAUAAAAUAGAAAGCACUUGUAUUGAAUA